CGGAUCAUGACCUCCAUCGGCACCCACAGCGGCGCGUUCCAGGCCGACGAGGCGCUGGGCGUCUGGUUGCUCCGCAGGCUGCCGCAGUACAAGAGCGCGUCGCUCACCCGCUCUCGCGACCCGGACGUGCUCAAGCCGCUCACCAUCGUGAUCGACGUCGCCGGGCUGUACGACCACGAUCAGCUGCGCUACGACCACCACCAGCGCGGCUUCUUCGAGACCUUCGACGGCGAGAACAAGGCCGCCAGGGACGGCGGCCGGCCCGACGUCACCGGCCCAGAUUCCGCGACGGGCGUCUUCAAGACCAAGCUCUCGGCGUCGGGGCUCGUGUACAAGCACUACGGCCGCGAGAUCCUGUACGCGCUGCAUCCCACCCUCCGCAGCAGCCCGGACGCGCUCGAGUGGGUCUACACCAAGAUGUACCGCGACUUUAUGGAGGGGCUCGACGCCAACGACAACGGGAUCGAGAUUGCGGACCAGGUGAGGUACAAGGACGGCACCUCGCUGCCGAUGCGCGUCGCCAGGCUCAACUCAAGGUGGAACGAGCCGGCUGGCUCUGGCCCGACGGAGACGGAGCGCUUCGAGCAGGCCUCUGCGCUGUGCGGCUCCGAGUUUGGCGCGGCGCUCGAGUACAUUGUCGAGUGCGAGCUGCCGGCGCGGUCGCUCGUCGAGGAGGCGCUGCAGGCGCGGCACUCGGUCCACCCCUGCGGCGAGGUGCUCUGCCUCAGCUCGGGCGGCUGCCCGUGGAAGACGCACCUGUACGAGCUCGAGCGCUCGCUCGGCGUCGAGCCGCUGGUCAAGUUUGUGCUCUACCCUGACACGGCGGGCAUGUGGCGCGUGCAGGCGGUGACGGUCGAGGGCACCGCCUUCACCAACCGGCUCGGCCUGCUCGAGCCGUGGCGGGGUGUGCGGGACGCGGAGCUGGCUGCGAAGUGCGGCAUCCCGGGCGCAAAGUUUGUGCACGCGUCCGGCUUCAUCGGCGGGCACGAGACGAACGAAGGGGCGCUGCAAAUGGCGCUCAAAACGAUCGAGUCCUCCCGGUAAAGCUGAAGAGCGACGCGGCCGCCACACCGGUCACGCGGACGGUGCACGGUAGCCGUACUCUCUUUUCUGACGAUAGUCUCUACUUUUAUCUGUGCCGGCGGUGUCAGCUAUAUAGAGAAAGCAGUACCAGUAUCUGGUAUGUGGUAUCUCUA